ACCUAAGACACAUUUUGUCAAAGGGAAAGCGUUUAUAAAUAUUGCCUUUGGGCCGAUGACCAUCAUUUGAUGUGUGUAUGGGAAAACGAAGAUGUCACUCGUGUUGGUUUUAUCUGUGGUCAGCCUGGCACUAGCAGAUGCAGGCUACCAAUACAACUCGCCGGGUGUACCAUUCGGUCUGCCAGGCAAUCAACCUGCGAAUUUUCUCCCUCACGGCUCUCAUCAUCACAGUGCAUUGCCAAAUGAACAGGACAACUUGUCACAUUCGGUAUCCUACAAGGACUAUGUAUAUUUAAAGAACGAUGUUCACCAAAAUAAGGGAGAUCAUCGGGGCUUUAUAAAUCACUCAGCUGGCAACGGAGCAUAUGUAGCUCCGCAAACGAACCAUGGUGGCGUGAACUCUGGCUACCAGCAGAGCAUUGCAUCGGUAGCGUCCAGUGCGAACCUGAACGGUAACUCCGCGCAGAACUUUGGACAAGUUGGUUACAAUUACAACAGUGGUCACAAUCAUAACUUUGUACCAUCAUCUAAUGGUAAUGUAAAUGGCUAUUCUCAGAUUCCAGCACCUGCUGUCAUUAAUACAAACAAUGGCUAUCAAUCUAACAACCAAGUCUUAAAUUCUGGUUACUCAGCAGCCACAUCCAGUAGUGCGGCAAGUUCUAGUUUUUCUCAACCUUUACCACAGUCUGGAGCUGUCGGUCCCUAUAAUGGUUAUGCCCAACCUUCUAGUGAAAAUGUAUUUAAUAGCUAUUCUCAACCAAGCGGCGGUGCUAGCCAUGCUCUCAGCCAUGGCUACUCACAAACCUCGUUAUCAUCAGCUAAUGAAAAUUCAAAUAACGGGUAUUCGCAAGUACUAGUCCCAUAUUCCACCAGUUCCAUUUCAAAUAAUAAUUACGUUCAGAAUCCUUUACCAAUUGCCAGUAGUAAUGUCAAUACGGCAUACUCUCAAUCUUACCCACCAAUUGGCAGUGCGAAUCCAAUAAGCAAUGGUUAUGCUCAAGCAUCGUCUUCAUCUGCGGAUGCAAAUUACAAUUCUGGCUACUCCUAUUUCCCACCGAACUUUCCCACUAGCUCUGCUGGCUCAAGUAACUCUCAUGUCCAAACCAGUUUCUCAUCAGCGGGAAGCUCGUUUAAUGGAGGAUACUCACAGCAAAAUUCUAAUAUAAAUUCUGGUUACUCUCAAAAUUAUCAAAUUGGCCAAAGUCUAGGCAACGGUUACAGCCAACCAAUCCAAUCAACAGUACAGCAUGGACAAGCUAACUCAAAUAACGAUUGGAAACCGUUGAUUUCCCAAACCAGUUCAUCAUUGAAUACAGGUACCGUCCAAGCAUCUGAUGCAUUAUUCAAUGGAAACUUGAAUUCCAUAUCACAAUCUUCUGCUACCAUACAAUCAGGGUCUGGAAAUGGGGUUUUAAACACUGGUUCUACUCAAUCAGCUUCAGCUAACAUCGUUGGAAGUUCUAGUUCAUUUUCUAGCAGUGCACCAAUAACUCCCACUGUGUACAAACACAUAUAUUUCCACGUGCCACCUCCAGAAGUCGAAGAGCCCCAAACAACACCACCCCCUCCGCCGCCGAAAAAGAACUACAAAAUUAUAUUUAUUAAGGUGCCUUCGCAACAAUCUAAGUCGAACUUGGCACGUUUACAGCAAAUUGCCGAAAUGAGUAACGCUUCAGUUGAACAUAAAACCCUCAUAUACGUUUUGGUGAAAAACCCGGAGACACAACAACCGGUGGUAUUACCAAAAUCUAAACCUUCGGAGCACGAGGUGUUCUUUGUGAAGUAUAAUGGCGACCCAUUGGAAAUAGCGGAGCAAGUCAACAAAGAGCUGGAUAAUACAGGUUCAGUACAAAGCAUAGUCCCCUUAGAGCCAGGUCUAGUGAAUGGAAAGAAGUGAGACUGUAAGGGUAUGUAGGUCUCGUGUAGAUUGCGGGCGACAGUGGUUACCGAGGGUGGAAGAGAGGCUGUAGGCGUUAAGUGUUCACAGAUAUCAUAUUUGAAAACUGUUUCAUCAUCAUUCGUUAAAGUGUUUAAUAAUUGCAUGUAAAAUAAUUUUUUUUAGUAAAAUGUUUGUUCGUUGAAAUAACUGUUUAUUAUAAGGCAGUAAUUUGUGUAUUGUAUGCUUAAUUUUUUUUGUAUCCGAAUGCUAAGCGAAUUUUAUAAAUUAACGUGUAUAUUUUUCAAAUGUUUAGUUUUUAAUACAAAACAGCUCAAUGGAUAGACCUAGCCAAAGUUUGUGUAAGUUAAUUAGGUUAUUUAUUAGUUAAUGUAAAAAUAACUUGUAUUCUGCUGUGAAAGCGGUAACAUUGUAGUUGUUGUUGGUACGAGUAUUAUCUGUAGAUUUCCCGGACAUCCGUUGGUUCAUCCUAGUCGGGCGAACAAACGCAUUGUUGUAUAACUUAGUUGAAGGUUAAUAUGUAAACAAUAGUGGAGCAGAAGCUUCUACCUUGAUCUACUUGUUACAUUAAAGGCAACAAUUAAUUCAGUAACAUUUGUAAACUACACAUGUUUUAAUACUCGGAGGUGCCAUAACAAUGUUAAUAAAAUGUUAUAUAACAAAACUAUGUUUAUUUUCUGUUUGUAACUGCCCAAACUAGUUCGUACACUACAUGUAUCAAUGGACAGCAUCAUAUUAUGUAAAUUGCCUACAUUCCAUUUCACUACUUAAUUAUGUAAUAGUGAAAUCCAGUCAUCUCAAUAAUGAAGCAAACAUGUCAUUAAAACUAAUUAAUUGAUUAGUUUCAAAUAUUUGUACUAGUGUGUUUUUAGAGCGGUUCAGUGUCAUUACACAUGCAAAUAAAUUAAAAAUUAUUCCCUUUUGGUGAUUUUUAUACUCUAGUAGAGAUACUUUUGUGGAGUUAUACGUCAUUGAUCGAGAUUAUUCUACCUACCAGCUCCCGGUAUCAUCUUCGAAGUGAAGAGUGAAUCUGACUAAUCAGUCUGCAGCGUUUACAUGCGAUAUAAUACUGCCAAAGCGAAAGUCGCGUCCCUUUCUCAUCAUUCUAUGUCUUUCUGGUUCCUCUUUAUUCGGUUACCUUACCAAGAUUAAAGCUACUUUCGAAUUGAUUAGGAAUUUUACUGCGUUUGUUUAUGCCGAUGUUGACAUUAUGUAGCGAUUUAUCUGACAUAACGGGGCUUUACUGUUUCCUUAAUUGAAGUUGUUUUGCGUGACUCCCAAGUUCGUUAUGUUGUUGCCAUCAUAAAAUGAAGUUGUUGAAUGUUUCUGACGUGGCGUGGUGUUAGUAAUGUGUGUAGUUGGUAUGGAACUAAAAUAGUAGUACUGGGCUCAGUUAACAAGAUAAAUAUUGAAUGUCUAAGUUAAUGUUCGCAGUUAUCUGUCUAGUGCACCUACCUUGUCCUAAUAUGAACUCUGCACAAAUACUUGACUUUGACUGCACGGGUGGCGCGAUAGCUUGUUUCGGGUCUGGGUGUAAUGUGCAUGUGAAAUUAUGUUUGUUACAGUACCCACGACACAGGAGAAAAUCCUAGUGUGGGAUAACGUUAAAAAAAAGAAGGACUUGUUAGCUAAAAUAAAAUCCAAUUUUGAAAUCCAGUUCAGGUCGUUGUAAGUGUCUACUGAACGACUGUCUUAUAUUCGAUUUUUAUGUUGGCUAUAGUACUUUGAAUACGAAUGUUGUUGACGAAACUUGUCUACAAUUAUAAUGACCCAAAUAACAUACUAAGCCACCCUCCUGCUUAAUACUUCGAGAUUAACAGUCGUAAUAUAGGAAACUUAGAAAAGUAGCAAGUUGUAACAAAACUCUUACCGAAUGUAGAUAAAAUGGGAUAAAAGUUAAAGCCCUUGGCUUGAAAGCAAGAAAUCGAUUUUUAUAGUGGUCGCCGUUUCGAGUGCGUCCAAUGACAAAACAAAUAAAAUUCGUUUUUUUUUUUUGUAGCACCCGAGGUUGCUUUAUGUGGCAGAGUGUUUUCUAUUUAUAAGUAAUUAUUUACAAGUGUAUGUAAGUUAUAUAUUAUUGUAGUAAUUACAUAGUUCUUCCAUAGUUAUUUUGUGCAGUAGUCAAAUGCAUAUCCAAAUGGGAGGGCUAUCCCUCCGCGUGACAAUAUGAUUUGAUUUUAAUUUUUUUUUAAGUUGCCCCAUAUUAGGCUUUUCUCCUGUGUCGUGGGUGCGUUUACAAACAUACAAGUUCACAUCCACAUGACACCUAACCCGAAACAACAAUUUGUGGAUCACACAAAGAGUUGCUCCGUGCGGGAAUCGAACCCGUUACCCGUUGCGCGGCGGUCAGUUGCCCAGCCACCGCACCAACCUUGCAGUCAAACCUGAUACAUGUAUACCUGAGUAAAACCCUGAUUCUAGGUAGAGUACGGUCAUGAAGUGCGUUUUUCGGUUUUCCGAUUCAUAAUUUACCUUGUAUACAACGUGUAACAAAAAGGGGGUAUACAUAUCAAUUGCACUGUUUCUAGAUAACAUAACAAAUGAUAA